AUCAUUCUCUCCGAGGAAGCCUGGUGCAAAAUUAAGAUCAAAGAUGGCGGAAGGACCUUGUGGGUAUAGCAUUGCUUCCACGCCGUUUAACAGGUUCAUCACAUCAUUUACAUAGUAACAACUUGGCUGUACAAAUGGUGUUUCCGGAGAUACCAUCUGCACGAGCUUUCCAGGCGAUACGCACGGUAAGCGUGAGUGAACUUUCAGGUUUGAGAGAGGAAGAUCUAAGGCCUCUGCUGCCAUGUUUGGUCCGAAUGGCUCUCUGCUCUCCAGUAGACGAAAGUGCAAAGUGGACAGAUGCCCGCAAGGAAGUACAGAAACUCUUGUCUGGCUUAGAAGUAGUGAACUCCAUAGUUGCACUGCUGUCUGUGGAUUUUAGUCUCCUUGAGCAAGAUGCAUUGAAAGAGCAGCAGCUGAGAAAAAAGAUUGGCGGUAGUACAAGCUCCAGUGUUCUAGUUGAGUCCUUACAAAACAGUCUUGCUUUAGAGUUUGAACGCAGUGAACCAUCAAGGCGUCUUAGAUUGGUACUGAGUGAGAUCCUUCGUAUUAUGAGCCAGGUGGAGGUGAGGCAGGAGUUUAUUCCUGAGAAGUGUGAACUUUUUGAAAGUGAAGUUUACCUGGAGGAAGUAUCAGAUGUAAUUUGCAUCGGGCAAGCUGAGCUGCCAUCACUUCUUGCUUUAAACCAGCUAGCAGAGGCUCUCCUCAGGGUCAAGCAUGGUCCUUGGUUAUUGUGUCGACUGGUGGCUAAUGCUCCUGACAGCUUUGAACAAGUGUGCAGUUCUCUGCUUGAGCAUGGUGAAGUACAAGAUGAAGGUAGUCUAGGUGGCCUGGUGCGAACUCAAGCCUUACGGCAGCUUUGUGCAAUGAACCCCAGCUCUGCGUUUGCUAUGCAUUCUGAGGCACUCAGACUGUGUCAUAUGCCCGGUCUUGCUGUGGCUCUUAUCCUUGACUUUGGUGUUGACAGCGGUGGUUCUUUGAGUUCAAGUGAUCUUGUGGCAUUCCUCAGUGGCCUUCUUUUGGGAGGAGAUACAAAAGCCAGGAACUGGUUUUCUUCAUUUGUUAGGAUUGGACAGAAGUCUAAUACAUCAAUCUUGGCCUCUCUGAGAAGUCAGUUACUGAAGGAGAUGUCAUCUUUAGUUCCAAGUGGAACGACAAAAGGAGCAAGGUCACAGAACAGCAGAUCUGGGGUAAAGGAUUUAGUCACAGAAGGUGAUGUCAGACAAGAGGAUGAAGAAACAUUAGAAAUACUUCAAGCAAUGGAGGUCAGCACAGAUUAUGAAAUCACUGAAGAGAGUUCUGAAACCUCCCACAUAAACUUUGAAACAGUAGAAAUUAGUGAUGAAGGUGUGAUCCACGGGACAGCACUCCUGAGACUGUACUGUGCUCUUAAAAGAUUGGCAGGUAUGAAACUAACCUCACAAGAAUCAGAAGCAUUGCUUCGGCUGAUAACGUGCCACCCUCCACCUACUGCCGCAGGGGUGAGGUUUGUUGUGGUUGGCCUGUGUACCCUUCUGGUCUGUACCAACAUAAUGAGUUCACCAGAGCAUGAACAGAUUGCUACCCACUGGAUAAAGUGGCUGUCCAAAGAGGAAGCUCACUAUGAAGCAGCGAGUGGUAUACAUGCAUCCUUUGGAGAGAUCCUUCUGCUAAUAGCCAUUCACUUUCAUGCCAGUCAAGUGGAAGCCAUUGCUGAUCUUGUGUGUUCUGUUCUUGGGAUGAAUAUCAGGCUGGGUUCGCUAACAAGAAUGAAAACACUUUUCACACAGGAAAUAUUUCCUGAGAAGGUUGUGACAGCCCAUGCUGUAAUAGUUCCUGUCACACCUCGGCUGAGUUCAGAGGAUACAGGAUUCCUUCCAAUUCAUUGCAUUCAUCAGUUGCUACGGUCGCGAGCAUUCACCAAGCAUGCAGUUCCUGUUAAGGAAUGGGUGUAUAAGCAGAUCUGUUGUUGUACCACUCCUCUCCACCCUCUAGUUGUACCUCUUCUUGAAGCUUUUGUACAUUCUGUCAUCAAUCCCACAUCCAAGUCAAGUAAGAACAAAGAAGCUGUUUUCACUCUGCGUGGAUUUACUGAUGCUGAAGUCAUGUCAGUCUUUGCUGCAGAAUCACAGGAAGAAGGAGCUGCAUUCAGAAUCCAUGGACUUCUCUUAGAACCCAUGAGGAGAAGUUCUGUGUAUGUGGCCACAGAACUGUCAUCUCAUCUCACGUCUCAGAUUCUGAUGUUAUAUUAUGUUUUAACAUACCAAGACUGUCUUCUUUCAAAUAUGAAGGCUUUAGUUGCCAACAAUAUUCAGCCUCAGUGGCUGUCACCCAUGUUGCUGUCACAACUACCUAUCAAGCAUCUGUUGGAGCAAGCCAGGAGUCGUCGUCGUGAAUUUCGGGGUCUGUAUGCUCCCCUACUGCAGCUGAUCAACACUCACUUGCCACACCUGUGUUUAGUGGAUGACUGGCUGCGACAGGAAGAAGUAUUCACUGCUCCACACUUGUCAGCAGCCUCACCACUGCUUCAUGUCCAAUGUUCACCUCCUCAUUUAAAAGAAGCAUUAGACUUGCUGCCAGAUAAUCCCUGUUCUGCUCUUCUGCUGCUUAAAAGACUGUUACAACUAGAGCCUAGUGCUCUGAUUCCUCAUAUGGAUGUACUUGUUGAAGCCUUACCUGGUUUAUUGGAGCCUGGGGUCCCCCGGCGGGUGCAAACACUAUGUUGUGAACUUUGGACAAAAAUUAACACUGUUGUACCUCGCAAAUUGUGGUUAGCCACUGUCAAUACGCUGUGUCCAGCAGAGACUCCCAUCCUUCAUCUUACUCCUCAACUGUACACGGAUGAAGACAUCAUGAAAGAUCCUUUGACUGUGCUUAGAUGUGACAGAAGAGUGUUCAGAUGCCCACCAUUAUUUGAUCUUUUGGUGAGGGUCCUCAUGGGGUACCUGGUAGGCUCAAGGGCCCUUUUAAGUCAAUACCUCCAAGCACAUCCUGCAUCAAGAACUGAAGGAUUAGCUGUUGAACAAGAGCGAGAGGAGCUCAGGGCUGCUCUGGUGACAGCACAAGAAAGUGCAGCCAUACAGAUUUUACUAGAAGUUUGUGUCAAAACACCUAAGGAUCAGGAUCAACCAGGCUGCAGUGGAUCAGCAGUGCUGCGUGAAGUCCAGUGCCGUGUCUGCUCACAGCUACAUCAGAUGUUUAUUGCUGUUCCUGACCUUGCAAAACUUGUGCAUUUCCAGGGUUACCCUGUAGAACUUCUCCCAGUGACAGUGGCUGGCAUCCCCUCUAUGCACAUCUGUUUAGAUUUUAUUCCAGAGCUCAUAAACCAGCCACAACUGGAAAAACAGUUGUUUGCGGUUCAGCUUGCCUCAUACCUGUGCCUACAGUUCCCACUCCCUAAAGCCAUGGGUGUGGCCAAAUACAUUCUCAGUCGGCUCAGCUCUCUUCUAGCCACACUCCCGUCAAGCAAGCGUGUACCAUUUUUCACACCUGCCCUCCCAGCUUUGGUGAGAUUUUGCCAUGCAUUCCCACCUCUGUGUGAUGAGGCCACUGGGUUUCUAUUAGAACUUGGUCGUGUGGCAGUUUCUCAUGCAUCAGCAUCUGCUGCCUUCAUUCUGGGUACUCCUGGAUCACUCUUAAAUCAAUUGUCUUUGGAGCAACUGCAAGAAACUGCUGACCAAGUGGAUCAUGGGUUCACAGAUGACUCCUGGUUGCCAAACAACUUGACCCAGGAACAUGAAAAAGGUACAUUAGAGGGUACAGUUGACAACACUGAUACUGCCCUUUGUCAAGCCAUUGAAAAAACAUUUCUUGAUGUAACAAAUGUUGCUUUAGUAAAGCAACAUAACUGUGAACAGUAACAGCAAAAACAGGGACAAGAUGAAUGAAUCAACACUGAAGAAGCUCCAGCAGGAAUACUGCAUUAGGCAACAAGCCAAGUUGGGACAUAGGGUCAAAUGAUACUCUUUCUUAACUCACCCUCUUACAGCUAGUGCAUUUGUUUUGUAGAUUAAUCAUCAGUCAGUUUUGUUAAAAGAAAGUCAGUGCUUGGCUUGCAUGUGAAAUGGAAUUUUGAGAGGAAGUUUUUGUGAGUGAGCUAGUGCCAUGGCAAGAGCUUUAAAUUUCCUUUAUUUCUGUUAAAAACUAUUGAACAGUUCUGCUUCUGAUAGAUAAGACAAAUGUGUUCACUUUUAUUUCAUUUGAAGCUCACAAUAAAUAGCUUUCUACGAAGACUAACAUCUCUAUUUACAAACUAUCCAAGUUGGAUUAUAUAGAACUUUCAAAAAAGUAAUAUUGGAAGCUUCCAGUGUAAUAUGAAAUGUUCUGAAAUACAUUUUAGCCAUUUGUGGCAUCAUAGUUUACCUAUCAACAGACAGUCACAUUCAGUUGUCAAGGUAAAGGACUUGGAGGUUGAUGUAAAGGCCAUUAUGCCAAAAAAAAACAACAAACAAAGAAAUGGACAUUGAAACAUUUACAUGUGAAUGUAAAAAUUCUUUGAUUGUAGUUGUUAUUUCAUGUAUUAAAUAAUUUUACAUAACUAAUAAAUAGUAACUAUAAACUUUAAUUAAAAUAGCGUAUUUACACAGGCUUUACAUGGUCCAAUGAAAGCUAAAUCUUAAGAAAAUGAGGAAAUGAGAAAUUACUGUCAGGAUGAUGAUAAUACUGAAAAACUUUCAUCCAGCCUUGUUUAAGUACGAACAAAUCCUUCUCUAAAAUGGCAGCAAAAAAUUAGGUUGCUAAAAUUACUAGUACCAUAAUUAAGUACUAGAGAUUGCAAGCUUUUCCAUGGAUUUUGAGCAGUUUCACACCAGACUACUUCAUGAUAUUAAAUCAUAUUGCAAAACUACAUAUCAAAAUUUGUAUACUGCAUGUCUCAUCCAAUUUGUUUGCUAGACAUUUUAGCUUCCAGAAAUGUAAUAAACUGGUCAUAACAAUACUAAGAAACA